CUUCUAAAGGGACCGCAACCAGCAUACUUAAAGUUUUCAGGUCCAAUGCUGGAAGCAUUUCUUAUCCUAACUGAUUCAAUGAGCAAUAAGGGAGACGAACAACUUUUGACACAUGGAAAAUUUUCACAAACUUACAAAGAGGGUGCUGAUGAACUGAAACAAACUCCCGAUUUUGAAGCGACAGAGUUUAACACGACUCUGUCCAAUCAACUCAAUAAAGACCUUACCGCCACCGCCAAGCCUAACACUCCGGGGAAUCUAGCAGCUUGCAUGAAAGAGAUCGUUGAAAUUUGCGGGAACUACCUGGCACAGAACGCUGAAUUCAAUAAGGACAAAGGUCCGGCAUUCAAGCUACUUGUUAAAACAAUGAAGACAAGACCAAACGAUCAACUCUACCAGAAAGAAAAGGCUAAGAGAACAUUCGGAAAAGCAGCGAAAGAGUAAAAAAGCUUAUUUCAUCUUUUUCAUGUUGUAUUUCGUGGUGAUUAAACUCCCGGUUCUGCUUUUAGACUUGAUGAGGCCCGUGGGCUGGAGAGCGAUCAUGAUGAUCCCAAUUUAUCACAGGAAAUUCAUUCAACUUUGUCAAAGCUGGUAGACC